CCUCUCAUUUUGAAUUCGAUAGCAACAACCGGUUAACACGAACUGGUCAUUAAAGUGAAUAUCUUCCAAAACAACGAGAAAAUUGGCUACUUAUACAAAGGUUAAACGGUGGAUGGUGGAUAUCGAUAUCGCAGGAAUUUUCUUCUUGUUAUCUAUAUCCACAUUUCUUUUUCAGGCAAGUAUUUCUUAGCCAAGCAUCGCUGGUUGAGGACCAGUCUCCUACAAAAAUAUGUGGAGACAUUCAUAGUCAGUUUGCAGGUAGUUUUCCGCCGAUGGUUAAUUACCCAUUUCUUGGUGACUACGCUGUGCGCAUCCAUCAAAAUCUUGAAUGCAUUGCGCCAUUCUUCAGCGGUAAGGUGAAAUGCAGUUCUUUGGAACAAUUUCAUGGUUCAUCCAUCUAUUUAACUGCUUUCGAGUUUUGGUCAAGUAUCCGGGUAACUUCUUCAUUUUCCAUGGAAGCCAUGAAUGCGCCCCGAUUAAUCGAGUGUACGGCUUCUUUGAAGAAUGCAACAGGCGUUACAAUACCACGCGAUUAUGGCUCGGUUUUCAGGUUCUUCAAUUCUCUUUUUCAUCUUGGAAUGCCACCUAUUUUAUUUGGUCCGCAGUAUGAAAUAGGAACGGAAGCCUCAUUUCAGGAAGCACUCGCAGUGAUUCCAUUCCAAAUUCUUUGCAUGCAUGGUGGCUUGUCUCCCAGUGUUAUUAGAAUGCCCACUUACCAAAAGGUAUUUAGAUAUUUUGUGCGGAAAGAGAGCACAUCUUUACAGUAA